UCACACGAUUAGUGUUCCACCGUCAAACACACCAAAUUUGAUCUUUGAUCUGACGGUCAAAACUUAUUCAAAGUGGCAUGAACCACACCAACCCUAGAUUUUCUUACUUUUCUCUUCGCAUAUUCAAUUCUUUCGCAAAAUUCAUUCAAGCUCUUUCAUCUGACUCCGAACUUCCUAAAGGAAAAAGGGUCAAUUAUUCCUGAUGCAGGUUCAAUGUACCUGGACACAGUUCGAAAUGCUUAGACCUCUUUGCUUCAAAUCCCCAGCAACACUCUUUACUUCCUCAAAGCAUUUUCGAAAGGGUAUUGAUUCUUCUUUCUUCUGGACUAAUAGGAGAAUCAAAAAGUACUCAUCUUUCAUGGCCACCGUUUCCACCCAGAAAGACCAUGUUUCUACCCAGGACGGGACUCACCAAAUCACCCAGCAGCCCUUGCAGGUUGCAAAGCGAUUGGAGAAGUUCAAAACUACAAUUUUUACUGAGAUGAGUACACUUGCUAUCAAGCAUGGAGCAAUAAACCUUGGCCAAGGCUUCCCCAAUUUUGAUGGUCCAGAUUUUGUAAAAGAAGCAGCAAUUCAAGCCAUUAAAGAUGGGAAAAACCAAUAUGCCCGAGGAUAUGGAGUUCCAGACUUUAACAAUGCCAUAGCUGCUCGUUUCAAGAAGGAUACUGGACUUGUGAUUGAUCCUGAGAAGGAAGUUACAGUUACCUCUGGGUGCACUGAAGCCAUUGCUGCAACAAUGUUAGGCUUAAUUAAUCCAGGUGAUGAGGUGGUCCUCUUUGCUCCAUUUUAUGAUUCUUAUGAAGCGACACUAUCUAUGGCUGGUGCCAAGAUAAAAUGCAUCACAUUGCGGCCUCCUGAAUUUGUUGUUCCCAUUGACGAGCUUAAGUCCAUUAUCUCAAAGAAUACUCGUGCCAUUCUUAUAAACACUCCACAUAAUCCCACUGGGAAGAUGUUUACGCGCGAGGAACUUAAUAGCAUUGCAUCGCUGUGCAUUGAAAAUGAUGUAUUGGUUUUUACUGAUGAAGUUUAUGAUAAAUUGGCUUUUGAAAUGGAUCACAUUUCAAUGGCAUCCCUUCCUGGAAUGUAUGAGCGAACAGUAACUAUGAAUUCCUUGGGGAAGACAUUCUCCCUAACAGGGUGGAAAAUUGGGUGGGCAAUUGCUCCACCAAACUUGACUUGGGGAGUGCGGCAAGCGCACUCAUUCCUUACUUUUGCUACUUCCACUCCAAUGCAGUGGGCUGCUACAGUGGCUCUCAGAGCCCCAGAUUCCUACUAUGUUGAGCUAAAGAGAGAUUAUUUGGCAAAGAAGGCAAUUUUAAUAGAGGGGUUGAAGGAUGUUGGUUUUAAGGUAUUCCCAUCAAGUGGAACAUACUUUGUUGUGGUAGAUCACACCCCUUUUGGUCUUGAGAAUGACAUUGCUUUUUGUGAGUAUCUGAUCAAGGAAGUUGGAGUUGUGGCAAUUCCUACUAGUGUAUUUUACUUGAACCCAGAAGAUGGAAAGAAAUUGGUGAGAUUUACCUUCUGCAAGGAUGAAGAAACUUUGAGAUCUGCAGUUGAAAGAAUGAAGGAGAAGCUGAAGAAAAAGUGAUUAAAAGGAAUGGAACUCGGUUUUGGUUUAUUUUUUGGCCAAGGUAUGUCACCGGAUUUGGAUUAGUUACACAUUGAGGGAAGUUGUUAUCCUUCAAAGCAAUCUAGAUAUAGGUUGAAUAUUCAAAGCAAACCUGUCACUUUUAUUUGAAUAAUAGAAUCCCCUGAGGUGUUAACUGAGUGAACUAUGAGAAAUGCAUGACAAACGAUGAAUGAGUAAGCACUAGGUUGUGCUUAACUACUUUUAAAGUUAUAAUGAAUCGAAAUGCUGCUGAUACCUUCAAUAACAGUUGUAUCUCAUCUUUAUUCAAGUAUUUUUCCUUAAUGUCCAAACAUAUGUCAAGAACUAAACACUUAUUUGGCUAAGCAUAAUAAAAAUAAAUAUAUAAAAGAAAUCUAUUGA